AUGUUUUUAGUAUCUCCUUUGAAUUUCGAGAUAGUUUGUUCAUGCUUGCAGCUUUUACCAGUAAUUUCAUGGGCAGACCAAAUUGUAAUACGUACAAAUUAUGGAGCCGUCAGUGGAAAACAAAAAUACAUACAUGGGAAAAAUGUCUUUCAGUUUCUGGGAAUACCUUUUGCGAAACCCCCUACAGGUGAUCUACGUUUCCGAUUUCCGGAACCACCUGAUCCUUGGAGUAAUAUAUUGGAUGCAACUAAACCUCCAAACACUUGUAUGCAACCUUUACCCGAAUCCCAGGAAUUUCUCGAUGCUACUACACGUGUAUGGUUGAAUACUACAAAAAUGAGUGAAGAUUGCCUCUAUUUAAAUAUAUGGACAAGAGCAAAUAAUAAUAAUUAUUCACAUGAUAUUGGUGAUCAAAAACAUAUGAUGCUUGAAAGUAGCGCUAUAUUUGGUCCUAAAGGUGGUCGACCUGUUAUGGUAUGGAUACAUGGUGGAAGUUUAAUUCGAGGCUCAUCAUCAAUUGAAAUGUAUAAUGGAGCUUAUUUAGCUGGAAAAAUGAAUGUUGUUGUCGUCAGUAUACAAUAUCGUCUAGGACCAUUAGGUUUUCUCUACUUAGGUAAUGAUGAAAUACCUGGAAAUCAAGGUUUAAUGGAUCAAGUAGCUGGAUUACAAUGGGUCCGUGAAAAUAUAGCUUAUUUUGGAGGAAAUCCACAACAAAUUACACUUUUUGGUCAUUCCGGUGGUGUUAUCUGCGUUGCACUACAUUUAAUCUCUCCAAUAUCUAAUCAUUUAUUUCAACAAGCAAUAUUACAAAGUGGUUCACCAUUAGCAUGGUGGGCUGUUGAAAGUUCGCAUACAGCUUUAGAAAAGACACGUUUAUUAGCACAAUUAAGUGGUUGUAAUGCUGUAAUUGAUUCAAAUGGUCAAUAUUCUAAAGAAUUAGUUAAAUGUUUACGAAGUGUAGAUUCAGAAACAUUAGUUAUCAAUCAAUGGCAUAUGCAUUUAUUACGUAAUGGGGAGAAUUCUUCAAGAACUAAUCAAUUAAAAAAAUUAUACAGAAAUAGAGCAAGUCACCAUCUUUUAAGUACCGCUGGUUAUUAUUAUGAUGUGCCAUUUAAACCAGUAGUUAGUGCUCCAUUUUUACCUGAAUGGCCAUAUGAAGUAUUAGGUUCAGGCAAAUUGAAUAUUCGUCAUCGUAUUAUGUUGGGAGUCAAUAAAGAUGAAGGCAUGUAUCAUCUUGUACAAAGUUUAAGAAUGUAUUUUAUGUCACCUGGUUUAUGGCCACAAAUGCCAAGAGAAUUUCGUCAUGAUAUAGCACUUAUGGAUCCUUUAGAUUUAUUAGCAUUUUAUAUAAUGGAUGAAAAUUUUCUUCAAUCAGUUUUAUUACAAGCUACUGUUUUUGAAUAUCAAAUUCCUAGCCGAGCAUUAGGCACUGGUAGUUGGACAUCAUUAGAAGUUGUGAAAGCAUUGAAUGAAGUGGGUGGAGAUUACAAUAUAAAAUGUCCAGUUGUUGAAUUUGCUGACUUCUAUUCCCGUGGACCUAAUGCACAGGUAUUUCUUUAUUCAUUUGAACAUCGUACAACUAGUUUAACAUGGCCUGAAUGGACAGGUGUUAUGCAAGGUUAUGAAGCUGAAUAUAUAUUUGGUGCACCAUUUAAUCAAGCAUUUAUUGAUCAUUAUUAUAAUUUUACAUUAGAAGAAAAACGUUUAAGUGAAGAAAUAAUGCAAUUUUGGACAAAUUUUGCAUCAACAGGAUCACCAAAUUUAAAUCCUGGAGAAUUUCAUACACGUAAUAAAGAACUUUACUGGGAUCGAUAUGAAACAUAUUCACCACAAUCUGUAGCAGUUCUCAGUGAAUCAUCAUCAUCUUCUACUUCAUCUUCACCAUCCCUUGGGAUAUCAGGAGUAUCAGUAUCAAGUGUAUCAUCUUCAGAAAUGUCUUCGUUUAAAACACGAAAUGAUGAUUCACGUAAACAUAUGGUUUUUACAUUGCCACGUUCAUAUAUAAGUAAGAAUUUACGUAGACAUUAUUGUAUGUUUUGGCGUGAACAAUUACCAAUGUUAAGAGAACGGAUUUUAUAUAAUUCUGCGUGUAAAUCCCGUCAACCAACUACACAAUAUGAAAUGACUGGUAAUAUAAACAAACAAUCUGUAGAAUCAUUUGGUACAUUAUAUCCAAAUAUCAUUAAAUCAUCUGAAUUAAAUACAACUAAACGUAAUCAAGCAUCAUAUAAUUUACAAUUAAAAAGGAAGGGGGAGGAUUGCUUUUAUUUCAAUUCAUAUUUUUUUCUUCGAUUUAUAUCAAAUCAUUUUCGGUAA